GACAUGUCUGACCGUGUCUCUGAGGAGGAGCAGGACCUGCACCACAUGAAGAGUGCAGCGGCAGAGUUUUACAGGCUCAACAGAGUCCCCCAGGAGCUCGAGAGGGCCCUGAACCAGCUCUUCGCCCACAGACCCGAAGACGUUUACGGUUACCUGGCAGACUACUUUAAAAACCUGUGUGCCGCACCGAGGAUCAGCCGGCUGAGGGGAAGGGAGGUUUACGAUGCAAGAGGACAACUCUCCAUUGAGGCAGAGGUCCUCUGCAUUGUCUGCAACAAAGAGAAGAGCAUGUCCUCAGCUGCCGUGUCCAGCCUCUCUGGGCCGAAGGAGGCUUUACUUGAUCAGGAGAGGGCUGCUGAUGUGAAGACUGCUGCUCAGUGGAUCAAUGAACCUCUGAACAACAUGCUGAAGGGCCAGAGCCCCUGCGAGCAGUCAGAGGUGGACCACAUACUCAGGUACAACUUCUUUAUGGCCCGCUACCUGGAGGACAAAGAUAUCCGGAACAAGGAGAAGGAGGAGCUUCGUUCCCCCUCGGAGCCUGAGCUGGUGCCAUCUUCUCCUCUCCCUGCACAGACUAAAGACAAGAAGAGUUUUGAUAAAGGCAAGAAGAGCACCACUGCAGAGAAGCAAGUUCCUCCAGCAGAGCCACCAGAAGCAGUUUUGCCUGGGAGCUCAGCCAUUGGCUCAGUGUCUCUGGCUGUGGCCAAAACUGGAGCACAAACACAGGGAGUCCCUUUGUACAGAUACAUAGCAGCUCUGAAGAACGGAGAGGAUCCGCCACAGUUUCACAUCCCAGUGCCUUUAAUAACUCUGCUGAGCUGUGGGAAAACUUCUCCUGGAAAACUGAGUUUACUGGAGGAGGUCAUCCUGAUCCCCAGAGCUGGACUACAAGUCAAACAAAUCAUCACAAUGACCCUUGAGCUACAGAAGGAGAUGAUGAGAAUAAUGAACACUUCCACAAAGCAUGGGGCUCAGGCAGUGCUGAGUGACAGUGGAGUGCUGGCUGUGAGCUAUGAGCGACCCGAGCAGCCUCUAGAUCUGAUAACUGAAGCCUGCACCGGCGCUGGACUGGCACUGGGAACAGAGAUCCAUCUAGCACUGAACUGUGCUGCCUCUGAGCUGAUGGACUAUACUAAAGGAAAGUAUGAAGUUGCAGCAGGAGUUCUGAAGACUCCAGAUGAAUUAGUAGACAUGUACCAGACCCUCGUCAGCAAACACCCAGCAGUGGUGGCCCUCAUCGAUCCGCUCAGACGAGAAGACAGAGAGCAGUGGGAGAAGCUGAGCAAUGUGAUUGGAGACUCAUGUUCGCUGCUCUCUGACAUCAGCUACAAGUCCAAGGCCCCGCCCCUUCCUGGAGUCAGAGGCCACAUCUUAAAGCUGACUCAGGAGACAACAGUCAGUGACUUGAUCUGCAUCACAUCAAAGCAACAAGGUUCGGUGGUGAUGGGAACAACGUGCAGCGAGCCGUGCAGUGGUGACUCUUUCUCAGAUAUAGCUGUGGGUCUGGGUCUGGACUUUGUCAAACUGGGAGGUCUGAGCGGAGCAGAGAGGAUGACUAAAUACAACCGGCUGAUUUCUAUAGAGGAAGAACUGUCCCAACAGGGAAUCCUGGCCUCCAAGGAGCAGCAUCCCCCCCCACUGUUCAGUGAGAAAGCCCAGCAGCAGUGCUGAACACUGAUGCUGCUCACAGCCUCUAUCCUCCAGCAGAUAUGGCUGAUGCCACCUCAUACUUCAUAUUUAAUUCUGCAGUUAUUGCUUAAUGUCAGGAUUUCACCUGUGAAGCGUGCAGAGUUGAUUAUAAACUAAGUGCAUUAUUCUAGAGUUACCAGCCUGGUUUAUUUUAAAACUGUGGUAACAAAUCAAUAUGAAGCUAUUCAGAGAGAGGCUAAGUGGGUAAACAUAACCUUGAAUAAAAACAUUUUGCUCAACCCCGA